UUUGAAAUCUUUUCCAAACGAUUGCGUCUAACCUUCCAGGAUAUCCUGCAGACACCGUGUCGGAUUUUCAGGGGUCUUUAGGCUACCGUUCCACAUUGUGAUUCACAUUCAUUCGUCGUUGAUGGUUCACUUUGUUUUCUGUAAGAAUUUGUUUAAAAUAAUGACUUCGUUUUUUAUUGUUUGGACGUUUCUAACCGUUUCGGUUGCAUUAGCGAAUGUACGGAAUGCCAACGGCCCAGGUUGCGUCUUUAAUUUGGAUCAAGAAUCGCCCAAAUAUCCUCCGCAUUUAUUUGACGCUACCAAGAAUGUAAUUAUUCAACCGGUUUUGGUGGCCAACAAAAGAGUUAUCAAUUUACCAGUCGGUCAGCAAGUUAUCGUCGCCUGUGCAGGAUGGAACAACGUUUUAAAUGCUGCCAAUCUGCCAGUCAGUGCAGCCGAAUGCGUUUCGCCAUCAUCUCAACUCCGUUUGGGCGCCCAGAGUCUUGGCUACAAAUCGUUGGGUUGCAAAACUCAAGCGAAAGAAACUCUGAAGACACUGGGAAAAUGUUCGACCGGAGGAACUUUGAUUGAGAUUGGAUGGCAAAUUAAAUCUUCUUUCCUCAAACAGAUAACCAUCUGUCACCAGCAAUCCACUGCCAACACCCUGUACUCUUCCAGCGUCAUCCGGGGAGCUUCAAUUCUGGCUGACGAUGAAUCCAACACUCGUCCACCCUUCCGCCAAGGAUCUUUCUUUGCAGGAAUUAACGUUAAUCGAGCUUACUUGCAAACCAGUCAAAUGGCUACUUUUACAAGGAUUCUUGGCUCGGCGGAGCUGGCUAGACGAUACCUGGAUCCUUCCAAGAGCUGGUACUUAUCUCGAGGUCAUCUGGCACCAGAUGGCGAUUUUGUGGAUGCCGCUAGUCAGGAUAUGACGUAUUAUUACAUCAACUGCGCACCCCAAUGGCAGUCGUUCAACAAUGGAAACUGGAAAGCGCUCGAGACGGCCGUCAGGAAUUUGGCUUCCGGGCGGAUGGCCGAUUUCACUAUUUACACUGGCACGUUUGGAAUUCUGACUCUCGCCGAUGUCCAUGGACAACAGAAACCAAUCACACUGUCAGAUGGGAAGAUUCCUGUGCCCAAAUACUACUGGAAAGUAAUUCACGAUCCAGCAAGUGGAAAAGCGACGGCAGUGAUUGGCAUUAACAAUCCCUAUUUGACUGUCAUUACCGGUGCUGACGUUUUCUGUCCCGAUGUUUGCAAUCAAGUGACGUGGAUCAAAUUUGAAAGAACUAGGUUGGCCAAUGGUUACACCUUUUGCUGCACAGUGCAGUCUCUACGCAAAAUCAUACCGUACUCUCCAGACUUGGGCAAUUUAUCUCUUUUGAUUUAAUUUGAACCAUUUACAAGUUUAUUGACAGAAGGAGAUUAUAAUAAAUUCAAUGUCAGCCUCUGGUUCUUUUUCAAAAAUGUUAUGAUAAUUUUUGAAUUUUGAUUUUAUUGUAAAAA